AGGAAACCACAUCAGAGUUGGUCGUAUCUGCGGAGGAGUGACACGAUGCUGGAGCUUCUCUCCCCAGCGGUGUGAGGCGCUCUCUAACUUUGUUUUGGAUAACAGCUCAUCACUACAGGUGAGAGACCAUUCUUUUGGAGGGUGGACUGUCCCUUUAACGACCGUCCACCGGUCCCGGUCUGCUCGUCUGGGUCACCAUCUCCAUGGUUACACAGAAGGCGCUGCGGCGCCAGCUUUGUGACUCGCUAUUUCAUGGUUUCCCGCUGCUUUGACCGAGCAGUUUCUGAUAAGGGGCAAGUUACACAUCGUGAUCAUCACUUAUUACCUGCGUGUUUAUUGAUCGUGUCCACAAUCAAACGAGGACCGCCAGUUUGAAGCGCGUUACCAAGGCGACGACGCGUCGGGACAAGGGAGGGAGUCACCUCCACGGAAGAGACUGUGCUCAGCUGGCGCUUGAGGGCCACACGACGGGUUAGAAAGCUUUGGGGACUUUCGAUGGACUUGGUGUUGACUCGUCGAUGAGGAGACGCGUUCACAUUCUACUGCACAGUGGACAUCCGCUAAGUGCCAAUGGAGAAGUAUGAAAAGCUGGCCAAAAUUGGCGAGGGUUCUUACGGCGUGGUGUUCAAGUGCAGACACAGGGACACGGGCCAGAUUGUGGCCAUCAAGAAGUUUGUGGAAUCUGAAGACGACCCCGUCAUCAAGAAGAUUGCAUUGCGAGAAAUUCGCAUGCUGAAGCAAUUGAAACACGUGAAUCUGGUCAACCUGCUGGAGGUCUUCAGGAAGAAGAGACGGCUCCACUUGGUGUUCGAGUUCUGCGAGCAGACGGUCCUCAAUGAGCUGGACAAACACCCUCGCGGGGUCCAGGAGGCUCAGCUGAAGAGCAUCGUGUGGCAGACUCUGCAAGCUGUUAACUUUUGCCACAAGCACAAUUGCAUCCACCGGGAUGUAAAGCCAGAGAACAUCCUCCUCACCAAAACCGGAGUCAUCAAGCUCUGCGACUUCGGCUUCGCCCGUAUUUUGAGACCGGAGGAUGAGUAUACGGACUACGUGGCGACGCGCUGGUACCGGGCCCCUGAGCUGCUGGUGGGAGACACUCAGUACGGGCCCCCCGUAGACGUGUGGGCCCUGGGCUGCGUCUUUGCCGAGCUGCUCCACGGGAAUCCGUUGUGGCCCGGGAAGUCCGACGUUGACCAGCUGUACCUCAUAAGGAAAACUCUAGGUGACCUGAUCCCCCGUCACCAGCAGGUCUUCCGCUCCAACGUUUUCUUCAGCGGAGUCAGUAUUCCUGAACCCGACACAACGGAGCCUUUGGAAAAGCGCUUCCAUGGCGCGUCUCCACUCGCCCUCCAUGUAAUGAAGUCCUGCCUGGUGAUGGACCCCUCGCUGAGGCUGUCCUGCGAAGAGCUGCUGGAGCUGCCGUACUUCCAGGACGAAGGCGCCAACUGGGGCCGCGAGGGUGAGCGCCCGGGACGACGGCACGACAAGGGCUGCCGACGCAGACAACUGGGGGCCCAGUACCUGCCUCAGUUACCAAACAGCAACAUCUCACCAGCACCAGACCUUAAGAAACAGGUGAAGCAUAAAUACCACCUGCCCAACAUUUAACAAAGCAAAGCAAAGCGAGGCGGACUGGUGUUGUGUUUUUCACUUGAAUGAUAUCCUUUGUGUGAUGGUGAAAAAGAGUAUUUUAAAUCUAUGAUCCUGCUUGUCAUUGUUGGCUUAACUGCUUAUUUACACAAUGAAUAAUAGUACAUGUUGCAGUUUAGUUUUAGUACCAAAAUACAGCUAGUGUCAGGUUUUCAUGUCUUUCAAAAGGAUAUACAGCAGCCCAUAAGGUCCCCUGUGUGCUUUUUUUAGGGUUUCGUUUAUGGAGCAGUUACAUAUGACUACAACUGAACUACUGCAUUGGUCUAGAGUGAGGGUGUCCUUCAUUGAACAAUAAUGUACUGUACCUGUUUACACGGACCGGAGCGUUCCAUAUCACUGCGCACUCCAAAAUAGGAGUUAGACGUUGCGCCACCGUUAGUUGUCAUUUCAGUUUUUCAGCGAUGAGGACCGGAAACGCCGCGAAUGACCCGUUGUGGGCAACUGUUUUAGGGCAACUUUUAGCUAAAGAGGACAAUUCAGGUGAAGGUCAUGAGCGAUGUGAAGGAAUGAGAUGGUGCGAUAUCUUGCAAGGAGACCUGAAAUGUUUUCAGACGACAUACAAGUUAAUGUCGAUCUCCCAACUAAUAGUCAACUAACUUCUGGUGUUCAGGUGACAAACGUGUUCCCAAUACGCGUCGGCCUUAUAACAUUAUUGACAAUAGCCUAAUAGCCUAACUAACAGCCUCUCGUACCUUAUUACUUAUAUAAAUAACGAUAUAAUUAAUAAAAACAUGUUAGCUGAUAUUUAAAAUAUACAUUUGUGUCAGUAGAAAAAUAUUUCAAAAGUAAUGAAUAGAUGACACAGUUCUACAUAUAAUAUACAAGUUCAAUUAAAACCCGCCACAAGAGUCAUCAGAACGUUGACAGGGACGACUACGCUCACACAAGAAAUCAACACACUGAUCACCUGAUUCAGUCCGUCACCAGAUUAUUCAGGAACGUUGAACUUAAGUCAUUACGAUGUAUUGUCUUCUAUUAAAAACACUUGCAAACAA